AUGGAUGCAGAACUCAUCCGGCGGUGCCAAUCCAUCCUUGAGGUGGCGAAGGAAGGCGAGGGCCUUGUGAAGAGUGUCCACGACUGUCUGCACUUGCUGGAGUCCAGAGGUUUCGUCUACAACAUCACACUCCACCCCAGCAUGGUAGGAAUUUCCCCGCUCAACCGCGACGGCAGUGGAGUGAAUGCCGUGGACGUGCAUGAGCUCCUGAGCGACAUCCUAUCAGCCGGAUUCCUGGAGCAACGGGUCCAUGCCGUGGGGGUCGAGCCUCGAGACGGCGAGGAGAUUCUCUGGAACACCGCCUUCUUUCAGGCUGCUCACGGAAUGUUGGGCCACUUCGACCCAUCUGCCAUCAAAUGCCUCAGUCUGGCAGGAUCUCACACAAACUGUGUGUUGAGAAUCCUUGGCCAGGAAAUCUUGCAUGAUGGAGAUGAAUCCAUCUGUCAUGAUGGCAAACUCAACCUGGAGCUUUUGCGAAAGAAGGACGAAGCUUUCUACCGGGCGGCAACGCACGGGGUCAAUUGGAAAGUCCUGAGGAAGGAAGCCGCCAUGCACCUGCCUCAUCUGUUGAGCAUGAUCCAACGGACAGGAAAUGCAACCAUGCAGAGCCAGGAACACGAGCUCCAGCUGAUGAGACGUCUCCACGGGCUUUGGGUGACCGAGUCGACCCAUACGAAGCAUGUCGAUUUCCUCUCCAUCAAGAAGAAGGCCUUUGUCAGAAGGCACUCCCCAAGCACCCGCAGUUUGGGUGCCGAGUUUUGGGAGAAGAUCAGCAUGGAGGUCAAGGGUACCAACCAGUUCUCGAGGGUGAAGCUCGCAUAUGCCAAGGAAGUGGCACAGGCAGGCGAUGCUAAGAGGAUGAUGCACAAGGACAUGUUGACCGAGGUCCGUGCCGCAGACCUCAUCAUGUAUCAAUGGCGACAACUCGUUGAAAGGCUAUCCAAGGGGAAAGACCUGCUUGCUUUGCCGGAAUUGAUCACUGCACUCAACUUCGCUGACAUGCACUUGAUCGGCUUCCUCUUGAAGCUGCCCGUGGACGUGAAGCAGUACUCUUCGAAGGAGGCUUUGGCCCACGAUGUCGUCGUUAUCAUGCGAGGGAUUUGCGGGCAGCACGUGGACUCGCCAUGGGAAGCUCAUGCCAUGCAACAGAAGGUCGCCGAGGACACUUCCAGCCCCAAGGUCGUUGCGAUGAGGGAGCUGAACCCAGAUGGGACGGUUAAGCAACCCGUGACACUCCUCGAGGAUGCAGGCUUCAAGGUUGGAUCAUGGUGCAGAAGGAAGAGCGAUGGGCAGUCCGGCCAGAUCGUAGCAUGCCAAGGAGGCAAAGUGCAAUUGAAGCAGGCCGAUGGCAACCUGGGCAAGGUCGUGCUGGACGUGUUUCUCGGCGGUGAUUGGUCAGUCUUCACACCGAAGCCCGAACCAGUGCUGAUCCCAGAUGCCACCAUGAUGCUUGAUAUCUUCGAUCUGCAGGCUAAGCAUGAAGCUAACAGCAUGCUUGCACGGCUACACAUGCACUUGAAGCCCCAGAAGAAGAUUGUGGCAAUUGGGAAAAUUCCCAAGAUGAGACUCACUCUGGUCCCAUGCAGCUUGCAGUUGAAGCAUGGGGCCAAGGUGCCCGACGACUGCUUUGAAGUCUUCCCAGCUGUGGGUGAUGUGCAUUUCUGGUCGGCUCCGAUGCUCGUGCUUCCGAAAGCCGAGGGCGAUGCUGGCUUUGCGAACUUAGCCUUCAUGAUUCAGAGCACUCAUGAGGAGGACCUCGCCAACAUGGAAGUCUGCUACGUCAGAAGCCAACGAAUGAAAGAGAUCCAGCUACCCCUGCUCAAGAAUGUUCGUGAAAUCGCUGAAGGCGAGAGCCUUUGCAUUUACAAGGAGAAGAUUGAAGUUCCGCCUAUGCCACUCGAUCAAGACUCUCCGAAGCCGAACAAGAGAAUGCGCACGAAGGCUCCGGCAGACCCAUGA